AUGAAAACCCGGAGGCUCGCAUCGCCGCCACCCUUCGCGACGAAGCCGUUUGUCGUCCGAUCCGUCGCAUCCGUCGCCGCCGUUCUCGUUGCCUUCUCGCUGGUAUCGUAUGCGACGGCUGCCGGAUCAUCUGGCAAGAAAUGCGACGUGACUGUCGGAUCAUGGGUUCCUUCGUCGAAGUAUCCACAGUAUCAGAACGACUGUCCGUACAUCACGGAUAACUUCAACUGCAUCAAGAACGGACGGCCGGAUGGGGACUUCCAGCAUCUUGUCUGGAAACCCAACGGCUGUGAUCUGACCUUAUUCGAUCCCAAGUCAUUUGCGGCUCGGUUCGUGGGCCAAGCGGUAGCUAUUGCGGGUGACAGCACCGGACAGUACCUUUACCAAUCCCUGCGGUGCCGGAUCAGCCAACACUACACUACAGAGGACUGGGAUCCGAAACUGGUUGGGUGGACGGGCCAGGGCUUUAAGGUGAAGCUGCUGGGCACACGAGUCCUUCUGGUGGACACUCCGUUCCUCAUGGAGGCCUGGCCGGAUGUGGAGGGCGAAUCCAAGGCCUCUAACCUCUGGCACGUGCAACUUGGCACAAUCAACCACAAGAUUCUCGAGAUGCUCCCGAACAUACCCCAGCUUAAAGCCCUGAUUCUCGUCGCCAGCAAUUACUUUUUGCCCCAGCCAGCCACCACCACCAUCAGCGUCAACAACAGUGCGUACAGCAGCUAUAUCAGCAAUCAGAGGAUUUAUUAUUCCCAGGGGAAGCCGAUUUCGCCUCAGCCUACACCACAAGACGCGUUAUCGACUGCGCUUAAGGCGAUAUCGGGUUAUUUUGAUAAGAAUUUCCAGCUGGUUCGGCCGUUUUUUCUCACCAUGCCGCCGUCUCACAACCCGAAUAUGUUCCGAUACGCGGCUACCACGUGCGGGCUGUUUGCAUCCCCUUUACAAGCUGAUGCAAUGCGCUAUGCAGAGGCUCGCAGCGACGCCACCGGCUGGACUGCGGUGCAGCGGCAAGCUUUAUCCGGAUCAAAGAUCAAGCUUCUGGACAUAUUACAAAUGUCAAUGUAUCGAGCAGACGGGCAUAUGGCAGCCUACGGCCCACCUCCAGAUGCAAGCGAGAUGGAUUGCGUGAAAUGGUGUCUUCCGGGGGUUCCAGACGCGUGGGUUGACGUGUUUUUCCACAAGAUUGUUCACCCGUUCGGGGGAUUCGGCCCCGAUCCGCUGCUUUCGGAUAGUAUAUGGAAGAAGCUUGGCUCUUUUGGCCAAGCUGUGUGCCUUGCACAGCCUUACACAUGUCCUGAUUCUGCGGGUGUGGGUGCGGGGGAGGGAGGAGAUGAUGCGGAUUAA